AUGGCUUUAGAUCUCAGAAAAUCAUUUUUUCGUGAACCCUCCACAGACAGUGUUGAAUCAGAAAACCUCGAGUUUAAAUCUACUCCAAGUUCUGGUGUCCCAAAGAGAGAGCUCUCUGAGUUCCCAAGCACUGAUAUCAACUCAUUUCGAUACGGUGAUAACUCAAGUGCAAGGAAGGAACUACAAAGACUCUACAAGUUUUUUCACUCAAUGUUGCAGCCAGAAAAGCAUAGCAAGGAUGAGAUUAUUUCUCAGUUAUCCAUGGAGCAGUUUAUGCUUAGUGGAUACUGCAGGGACAAGUCCAUGCUGAAAAGGAAAUGGGAAGCAAGUGGUAGAAACCUGGAGAAAUUAAUGGAAGACCUGCCGGAUGAUUGUAUGAAGCCCCCUGGGGUAGUCCAUGUCUGCAUGCAAGGACAGGAAGCUCUCUUUUCUGAGGAUAUGACCUUAAGAGAAGUCAUUGUCCAUCUCAAAAAGCAGUUGUCAGCAGAAACCUUAAGAGGAGAGAUUAUCGGGGCGGGCUUCCAGGCGUCCCAGAAUGCUCCUCUGGAGACAAGACAAGGAAGUGAAUACAAAGAAGACGGCUUCACCAGUUCCUGGGAAAUCACUCAAGUAAAGGACAAUAUUGCUAAUCCAGAAAGAGAAAUAGAUUCCCUACUUAUUCUCCUGGAAGAGAACUGUCCUAGGCCUGAAGAGGGAGUUAUUUCUUGGGAGACUACACAUAACCCCAGAAGAGCAAGUUUAGGCACCUGCAGGCUGCAGAAAGAAUCCCCGAAGUCAUCUUCUUACCAAGAUGUCCCUAUGGAUCUGGGACCAGGAUUUUUCUCUAGGUCAGACCAGUCCUCCUCUGAGCUUGUCCCUACCAACCACAGCAAUGACGGAAACCCCACCAGUGAGGGACACCAAGAAAUAUCCCAUGAAGCCCAAAGAUCAUACAGAUGUGAGGAGUGUCCCAAGACUUUUCUGUAUCUCUCCCAUUUAUUAGCUCACCAAAGAAGACAUAGGAAUGAGAGGCCAUUCGUUUGUGCUGAGUGUAACAAAGGGUUCUUCCAGACCUCAGAUCUACGUGUCCAUCAGAUGAUACACAAACAAGAGAAGCCUUUCACAUGUAGCAGAUGUGGAAAGUCCUUUACACAUAAAACAAACCUGCGGGCUCACGAGAGAAUUCACACAGGAGAGAAGCCCUAUAAAUGCACCCUUUGCCACAGAAGCUUCCGCCAGUCGUCCACAUACUAUCGUCACCAGAAGAUUCAUGAGAAACAGUCAUCCCAAAGUGUUCCCGCCACUCUAGAAUCUUCUUCCCUGGCCACCGGGACGAUGUAAUGGGUACGAAUAUAUAUUCAGACUGUAGUCUGUAAUGUGCCUGUCCAUUGACAGUAUGUCAUUCAAUUUCCUAUUUCUAUUCUCACGCCACUAAACUAUGUAAGGCUCGAGAGCACAGGGAACAUGGUAGUUUGUCCAGUAAAGUAUCCCAUGUGCCUAGAAAUGUGAAGGAUAUUUCGUGUCUAAUAGUUAUCCGGUGAAUAGACAGAUGGAUCUGUAACGUUUGUGUUUACUCCUUAAAAUUCAGGACCAUACACCGUGUGAGGACACCGUGAGUCCAGCUGUGAGACACCUUGCUGGCUCACCUUGCUCCCGAGAGGCUUUCCCUGUCUGCUUCUCUGUCCUCCGAGCACCCUUCUUAUCUCUGCAACCCCCAGCUCUGAACAACACCAGGAACGCAAGCAGCUAACUAGAAGUGGGCUUUAUAAGACAAAAGUGGAGUUUAUUUGUAAAUUACAUGACUUUUAAAAUUCACUGCAGAUGUUAACUGGAGCAAAAUAUGACUGAUGACUGAAAGUUGCAGAGUAAAAUUUUAUGGACAGAUACCAGAAAAUGCAAAUUCUUUCCUUGUAUUUUUUCCAAAGACAAUGAGCAAGAUGAAAAGGGAGUUUAGAGGGCUGGGGAUUUAGCUCAGUGGUUCCACCGCCUGCCUCGCAAGCGCAAGGACCAGGGUUCGAUGCCCAGUACAAAAAAAUAAAUAAAAUGGGAGUUUAGAGAAUAAAGAAUUCUGCACAGAGCAAUAUAAAACAGCAUGUGCUGGUCAAUUUGUUGGGAUACAUGAAAGAAAGAAAGAAAAGUUAUAGAGACAGAGAGUGAGUUUUUGAAGGGUGCUAAUAUGCAGUUGUCAAUUGAAAGGAGAAGGGAUUUUAUUGUUGAUCCUUUCUUCAAGAUAUUUAUUCAUUUCUUGGACGAAUGGUGGAACAUGAAAGAAAAAGAAUUUGUCCAUAAGGCAUGCACUCACCUGUGUCAUUGGCGAUCUUAUCUUCUGGGCAAGGGGUGCAGUCAAAACAGCAGGCCAUCUUUCUCUCCUGAGAGGAUUUUCAGAAUCCUGGAUUACAACUCUCACUGCAUACAGAGUGGGGAGUCUGAGGAAAAUCAUAUGUUUUGGUAACUUCUGAGGCUUUUGCACAAUCUUCUGCAAUUACAGUGAUAGAAAUUAAUUUUUAUACAUGCAUACAUUAAGUUAUUUAAAACCUCAUGUUUAUUGAGUGAUAAAAUAUGUUUAGAAUAUUUGACAAUACGAUUAGAUAAAUGUGACUUUCCAUUCAGUUGAAAGUAAAUCAGUACAAAUUCCUUAAUUAGAAGUAUUGUGAAAUUCUCUGUGUGGCCAUUUUUUGAGUGACGUUGAGAGCACAAACCCCGUAGUACUGCCCUGUGUCGUUAAUGAGGUGUGUUAUGACUAGGUCCCACAUACCUCUGUCAUUCCUGUGGCCAACUCUAUCAUAUCUUCAGAUAAAGACAAUUGUUGAUCCUGUGAAGCCUAUGAGGAAAAUGAACCUACUUCGACCUUAAGUCUAAGGCCUUCUGGAAAAUUCCAAAAGUUGCGAAUGUCAUACUCUGCAUUCAGUUUCCUUUUGUCAUCUAAAUUCACUUGAUCUCCAGCAGGAUUGUUAAAUUGAAUGUUCUUCAAAUAGAGGCGAAGCUAAAACAUAUUAAUUGUGCCAUAAUGAAGUAGGCCAUGGCAUGAAUACAUAAAACCUGAAUGAGGGCACCCCAGUUGCUUUUUUGUUUGUUUGUUUUGUUUUGUUUUUUGAGACA